AUGAAAAAGGAAACACAAAAAGGACUAUCAAGAAAUCAAAAUCAAAAUCAGAAUCAUCAUCAACACUCACAGCACCGUCAUCAUUCACCUUAUCCAAAUCAACAGCGACGUCAUAGUCUCGGCCGUCAAAAUUCAGGACAACAUUCACGCUAUGGAAAUCAUUUAGAAUUACCGGAACUUUCAGCACCGCACAAUAACAGAAAUAGACGUGAACGCUCUCCUCGUUAUGGAGACUACGUAGAAGAAGAGUACGAUAGAUCAUUCACUGACGAAUAUGAUGUGGAAUGUGGUUACGGUGAUUAUGAUGACUAUCCUUCAGCGCCCAAACGUAAUAGUAGAGAUCGUAAGCCACGACGUGAAAGAGCAGAAAGAUUAGCUCCGCGCAUUAUGUCUCCAAUGGGUUUUGCAGUAGCACGACAGGUACGUAGACGUCCAAGUUACGACUAUGAUGAUGAUUCGAUGUAUGGAGACGAUGCGAGCGAUUAUUACUAUGGUGAUGUUUCACCAAAAGACCGUCCUGUGCCAAUUUGGCUUUGCGUUUUUCUUGUUAUUAGUUAUAUACUAGGAGGAGCUUCACUAUUUGCACAUUGGGAAAAAUGGUCUUAUUUGGAUUCAGCGUAUUUCUGUUUUAUUACAUUGACCACAAUCGGCUUCGGAGAUUUCGUACCAGCAAAGGGUGUUAAGGACGAAUCUGAGCAAUCCAUUGCAUAUUGCUCACUAUAUCUACUUUUCGGUAUUUCUUUACUGGCUAUGAGUUUCAAUUUAGUACAAGAAGAAUUUAUUGCUAAUGUGAAAGAAGUUGCAAGGCGUUUGGGUAUACUAAAAGAUGAAGAUCGUGACGAAGAUGAUUAAUAAGUA